CUCUUUGGGUUGAAAACGUCCUUAACUUCCAGGCUAGUGUAAAGUUACUGUAAAAUGGAAACACUUUUAUAUUAAAAUAACACAGCAUUCACUUAUGUUAUCACUAAAAUACUAAAAUGGAGUAUCCAUAGUUCUGAAAUCAGUAGCACUAUACUUCUAUUUUUAAAAAUCCAAGCACUGUCGUUGGGCUAGGGAUAGUGACCCACUUCGCUUUGCUGUGAUGCCAUGGCGAGUGUGGGAGGGUUUAGAACGAAAGUCCACUCAACAUUUUGCAAGCUACUACAAAAGCAGACUUACGAUGUAUUGUCCCAUCGAUAUGGGACGCUUGCACUUCUGCUUGGUGGCAUUUUGUUGCUAAUUUCUGCUUUUCAGUUUGGAGAGGUUGCACUGGAAUGGAGUCGAGAGAAGUAUGCUGCUUUAUCUAACUCCCUGACAGACAACAUUGCUGGCAAGUCUUUUAGAAACAGGUUGUGCCUGCCAGUGCCCAUAGAUGUGGUAUAUACCUGGGUGAAUGGCAGUGACCCCAAGGUGCUGGAUGGGUUAAGACUAGUACAGAGGGAACUGGAGAGGGAUGUGCAAUCUAAUGACACUGGAGAAGUAUGCACAUUCUCCCACUGUCUCCAGACCAGUAGUGUAGUGGUGGAGCCAGCUCUACCUGUUGGCCUGACUGUAUCAGAGUUUGUGGAGAUUUACCCAGCUUUUAGCAAAGCUGUCAACUUCAAGGUGAUGAAAUCGCCACAGGAUGAACAGUUGAAUGUCACUGUAGUGAAGUUUCAGAAUGUAGAAGAUGUUGCUCCAGUAUUGAAGGAAGUAGUUGUGUUCAAUGGAAUCAACCACACUGUGAAAGAAGCAUACCUGACCAGUGACUGGACGGUCAGACACAGUAUAUUGCUGGAUGACACCAUUAUUAUGACUGGGUUUCCACAUACCUACAAAGCUGAUGAGCUAAAGGCCAAGUUUCCAAGUCAGUACAGCAAGGCCAUUGAGAAGCUGGAGCUGUACAAGGACAAUGCUGUGGCUGUCUUGUAUGUACCAGUGAAACAAGAGUUUGAAAACUUACUCCAGGAUUCUAACUUCACCAUUGAUGGCAAGGAGCCCACUCUGCAUGCAGCUAACAUGGUCUGGUAUUUCAGCAUUGACUUGGAAAGUGAACAGAUAUCAGCUAACAGGUUUCAAGAUAAUGAUGAGCUGCGCUACUCUCUUAGGUCUAUAGAACUGCAUGCCCCCUGGGUCCGCCAUAUCUACAUUAUCACCAAUGGUCAGAUACCGUCCUGGCUAGACCUAGAAAACCCACGGGUCACUCUGGUCACACAUCAGGAGAUCUUCCCCAACCAGUCCCACCUGCCCACAUACAGUUCUCCAGCCAUUGAAGUCCACCUUCAUCGUAUACCUGGGCUCUCUGACAAGUUUAUCUACAUGAAUGAUGAUGUGAUGUUUGGAAAGGAUGUCUGGCCUGAUGAUUUUUACACUCAUGCUGGAGGACAGAAGGUAUAUCUGACAUGGCCAGUACCAAAUUGUCAGGAAGGUUGUCCUAACACCUGGAUCAGAGAUGGUUACUGUGACAAAGCUUGUAACUCAUCAGAAUGUGAUUGGGAUGGAGGGGAUUGUACAGGUGGAAAUACACAAGUUGGUUCUAAUAACUUUGGUGCACAAUUUCCCCAAAACAGCUUUGACUCUUCAGAAGAAUUGUACUGUAACUCUGGCUGUGCCAACAACUGGGUGGCAGACAGGUAUUGUGACCAGGCCUGCAAUGUGCUCAGCUGUGGCUUUGAUGCUGGAGACUGUGGCAAUGCUAACUUCAAUCAACUCCACAAGGUGGACAUUCUGCCAAGACAGCACCACUACAGGCUUCCUGGAGGAUUUCUGGUCUACUACUUUAACCUGACAGCCAUAUUCCCAAUGGAUUCCUCUGGUAUCAGGAAAGCAGAAUACGAGAAGCACAAGGUCAUCAGAACAGCUGCUGUAUCCAACAAGUACAAAACCAUGACAUUGCUGCUGUAUUCAAAGCACAAUGAUACAGAAUUGAAUUUCAAGAUUGCUGGCAGGGUGGGAUUGAACCACACUAUUGAAUUUGAGUUUAAUGUGACUGUAAAUACUUGGCCAUUGCCCACAAAGAAGGCUGCCAUAGACUCUACAUCUGUGAAUGUUACUAGCAGUAAGGAUGCAAGCAAUGACACUGUCAAAAUGGAAGAAAAUGUCACUGAGGCCCCUUUUAGCUUCACUGAUGUGCCAAAGGAAAUAAGGAGUGCUUUCCCAGUCCAGAGGACAUUGGAGUUAGAUCUGGACAGGUACCAGGUCAUGAACAUAUCAAACCUACAGCUCUCAGGAGAAGUUAUGGUUCUACUAAAACAGCUGCAGGAGAGUUUUAAACAAGGUGAUUUGACAGACAAAGGUUUCAAUAUCAGGAAGGCGAAGUUGUUAAAACAACAUUUUCAAUCAGAGAAUCCAGGUUCAAAACAAGUGGAGGUCACAAGUAAAACUAGUCAGUUAGAAUUAAACCAAAGGAAAAGCCAGGAUCAAAAUUUCAAAGAAUCACAAAAUCUACAUCAGAAAUCACCAGAAGUAUCUACUGGCCGUAAAUUGACAUCAUAUAAUGAUGGUGAAUUUGGCUCAUUUCCCUGGGAGAGACAGGGAUUGUUUGCUCAGCUAAUAGAGAAGAAGAAAACAUUGCAGGAAAUGCAAAAGUACCAGUCAACUCCUCACCACAGCAGGAAGCUUAUGGACACCUUCGCUGAUUCUCUGAGACAUGUUAAUAAAUUAUACAACAAGGAGUUCGGGUAUGCUGCUCGCAAAGUUCCAGGGCACAUGCCACAUAUGAUUGACAAGAACAUUAUGAUGGAAAUGCAAGAGAAAUUUUCAGAAGAAUGGGAAACCACAUCCUCUCAUAGAGUACGGAGCUCAGAUGACAUGCAGUUUGCUUUCUCCUACUUCUACUUCAUGAUGAGUCAGCCAGCCAAUAGCUCUGUGGAGACAUUCCUCAAAGAGAUGGACACUGACCACUCCAGGUGCUUUUCUGAUCGUGAAAUCCGCUUACUUGCAACAAGAAUUUUUGAAUUACCUAUAUUGCUUGAGACAUUGUCAGGCUUUGAAGAAGUGAUAAAGAACUGCUCUAGAGAAUUAUCAGCAGAAAUCCAAGCAGAAAAUCCACCACCACCCACAGAACAAUAUUAUGAUACUGAGCUGCCCCAAGUCACAAUGAAUCUGAUGCUAAACUGUGAACCUGUUGUUGAACUUAUUCAAAGGCAUCUCAAAGGAAGAACUAAGUACAAAUUUGAGGAAGUAGGAGAGGAGGAGAUUGCCUUUAAAAUGUUGGAAAGUAAUGUUUCCAGAGUUCUGGGCCAGCUGGAUGACAUCAGGAAGAACCCUAAAAAAUUUGUGUGCUUGAAUGAUAAUCUCAAGCAUGGACUCAAAGAGGCAGAAACUGUGCGAGCCAUCCAGUUGGAUUUCUAUGAAACAUUUUACCCUAUUCCAUCACAAUUUGAACUGCCCAAAGAAUAUAGAAAUAGAUACUUAUAUGUAGAAGACUUGAAAGAAUGGAAGUUGUAUCGAGAUCGUCUCAGGUUCAUGACGCACUGUGCCCUAGGAAUACUCAUCUUUAUCAGCAUAUAUUCUUUUUUUGCAGAAAAAAUUGAGAGUUUGGCCAGACGGUACUGGAGGAGAAGGCUACGAGGACAAGCAGUGGACGUCUGACUAGACCCUCAAAAGACAAAAGAACACUGAUUAAAUUGGUGGUAUUUUGUAGCCAAUUGACCAUCACAAGAUCAUUUUUGUAUGUUCUUUUAUCAUCGAGAAAGGGCAUUUGUGCAAUUGCAGAUUUUGUGUUAUUUUCUGUCGUAGGUGGAUGUUAGAAAGGUAUUCUUCUUAAUUUUUUUUAUGUUAUGUAUUCAUUUUGUGAGAUUCUUAACUGGAGUAGAAAUAUCACAAAGAAUGUAUAUUUGCCGAGUGCUUUUUUCCUGUGCAAUUUUUCAAACUAGAUAGAAUAAUAAAUUGAUUUUUGAAUGAAAAUGUUUUUCUUUACACUUUUUGCAUAAUUUCUAAUUUGUUAUGACUUUAAUCUUUCAUUUUUUGGGGUAUCUUUCAGCAAGUGCUAGGUAGGAAGAAUAUGAGAUUUUACUAGACAAAGUGUACCUACUUUGGUAUUUUGUAAAACAUUUUCUCUGUAAAAGAACAAUAAUUGUGGCUUUCCUAAGUUUUUUGAAAAAUUUUUUUUCACAUGUUAUUCUGAGCACUGUACUAGUGUUUGAUGAGGUAUUGUGUGGUAUCAGGCAUUUGGAGAGCAGAUUGGCAGGCUAUGCCAGUGUUUUUGAAAGCCAGUUUGCUCCACUAGUCAGCCUUGUCAUAUCUCUGUGACAGCCGGUGCUUGUAAUAAUAGUCUAUAUUUUAAUAGCCAUAUGAGAUCACAGUGCUGUGUUUCCUGUGCUCUGAGUUAGAAGUUUUCAAGUUUUACAUGUUUUGCUUGAAUAAUGUUUGUAACAGGAGUGUUAUCCGUAAAUAAACAGUACAUCAUUUUUGUGUUGCAAGAUACAAAAAAAUAUCCUAAAGCUGAUAUUAAAUAUUAUUUAAUAGACAAAAACAUGUACAGUAUGUCAGGUUUAGAAAUGUGGUACAAAACAAUAUUUUAAAACUACAUUACAUUACUCGGCAGACUUGGAAAUGUGCAACAAUGAAAACAGUUUUGAAACUUUUGUCACUUCUCUUAAUGAACAUAUAUUUGUUCAAGUUCAUUCCAAAGUUACUGUUACAUUCCUUUAUAUAUUAUAUACUGUUUUUCUGAGUAAUUUUGCCUUUGUAUUAUGAAUUUGGAUUGUAGCAAUUUGGCUGUUACAAAGCAGUUUUAAUGUACUGGAGCUUCAGAAAAAAAAAUAGUACGUAAGGUCUAAUGAUUGGGCAAAAAUACCUUGGGUAAGGGUUAUGGUUAUUUUAAGUCUUUAUCCACCUACAAUUUUUGUAAAUGACAAAUUGUUAAUCAAGGUGUAAAAAAAUUUGCUUGUCUUUCUUUUAUAAUUUAGAUGAGCGUACUCUGGAUCCUUGAAUUUUUUGUGCUUUUGUUUAAAAGAUACUGUUGGUUGGUUGGCUUGGUUAAGAAAAGAACAUUGUAUGUUAUUUGUACAUGCAGGUACCAUGGUAUGGUUUAUCAGUUGUCUUUACAAGAUGGACUUAAGGGGAAAAGAAAUAAAAGUUA